GAUCAGAGUCACCAAGGCGAGAGACAUGUGAAUUUUAGAAAUUAGUGUAUUAUUUAUAAGAUAUACAAUGGUUGACGCCGAAAAAGGCUCCGAUGUACCGAAGGAGUUAAGAGGAAAACUUUCAGCGUUUGAUUCAGCUUUAUCCGAUGUCGAGAAUAAGUUUGAGCCCCUCUUGAAAAUGUCAAAAGUGGAGAUAAAUACUGAACUCAGUAGUUUGGACAAAGCAAAGCUUGACCUUGUGGCUGCCUAUUCAAUCAAUUCAUUAUUUUGGAUGUACUUGAAUGUUUGUGGAGUCAACCCAAAGGAUCAUGGCAUCAAACAAGAACUGGAUCGUAUCCGCGGCUACAUGAACCGCGUAAAGGAAGUUCAGGACAAGGAGAAAGCCCCGAAGUUGAACGUUACGGCGUCAACACGCUUCAUCAAGAGCGCAUUGUGGCAGGCUGCACAGAAACAGGACAAUGAACAGGAUCAGGAGACUGGCAGCCCGACAAAUCCCGUGGAAGCUGAGAGCCCUUCGCCUAGCAGGGGAAAAAGAAAGUCCAGAAGUGAUGAUGGAUCGUGUGAAAAAAAGAAGAAGACAGAUAAACACAUGAAAAAGCCGCACACACCAAAGCGAUAUAUGAACAUGAAUCCUAGUUGACCAUAUUGGACCACCCACCCACACCCACCCAUAUUGGACCACCCAUAUUGGACCACCCAUCCAUACUGGACCACCCAUAUUGGACCACCCAUAUUGAACCAUUUACAAAUGUAGAGACUGCUAUUGUUGGCAGAGGCGUUUAUUGGAUUGCACGAACAUUAAUUUCAAGAUGCAUACACUAGGUAUCUUUAUGUCUCUGGAACGCGACACCAGCGACACCAGAAAAUAAUCAUGAAUUGGGUAACAUUUGAGCUAUAUUGUUAUAGUCAACACACCUGUUGUAUUAAAGUUUCAUGAAAGAAAAAUAUAUAAAUGGUUUUAA